GUUGCUCUCGACGAGGUGUUUGAUGAUGAGCGUUGAGUCGCCGAUGCUUGUCCUGGGGUUGGCUUCGUUUCCCUCCGUGAUUUCGAUGUAGGGGAUUUUGCCCUUUGGUGCGGUUUUAGGAUUUCCUGCGGCUGUUUUGUAGGGGAUGUUGGAGAAGCGCAGGCGAGCUUCGACUUUGGUUACAAAGGGGGACCAGACAUAGCGGCCUGGCUCGAGCCAGCCCCGGUAAAUGGUGAUGGUCGACAUGUUGGAUGAGAUGGUCUACGAAGUUUGCAAUGGUUUACGAAUUUCGCGAGUCGAUGGGACUCGGGGGAUUAUAGCUAGAUCUUAUAGGCACCAAUACCCCGAAGGCUUCCAUUUGGGCCCCAGUCAUCUUGGAAUUAAUUUUUUACAGAACAGCCCCAUUUUGCGUGCAUUAAAUGACAAGUUCUGCACUAAUUUGAAUAGACAGCGGAGGAAAUGUGAAGUGAAACUACAGCAUCUGGUGCCGGCCUUACCCGCAACAAGUGAACCCAUUGAAUGCGGGCGAUGGAAAGUAUUUAUAAGAAGUGGCGCUAGAGUGCUGAGUAAGCAGGGUAGAAGAGAGGCGGAUUUCGCCCGGCCUCAGCGACCUCGCCUCUACCAACACCUCUCGCCAUUUACCGUCCUCUUCCUUCCUUCCAACCGGUUCAGCACCACACAUUUGGGGUUUUUUCUGUCAGAUACACUUCGCUUUUGCCGGAGUGAUACUGUCUACGAGCAAGUGCUAGUCCUGGGGGGAUAAGAUAUAGUGAUCAUUUGGGAGUUCGUUCGCCGCAUCCAAGCCCGAGAUCGCCGACCGCUCAGACGAGAGGCUCUUCCGGCUGCGAGUCGAACAACCACCGCUUGAAUAGGUUUCCAGGCUUGG